AUGGCCAUCGAGGUUUCCAGCGACAUCGACGAUCAAUUGAGGAGCAACAUCCGCUUGGCCUACGGGCGCAAGACGGUGCGGUUCGCCCUGCUGCCCCAGGUCGAGUCCGAUGCCACCGACGACUUCGACCUCGAGCACCCGGUGCUGGACCCGCCGCUUCUGGACCUCGCCCUGCUCAUCGACCUCGACCCCUGGAUUGAACAAGCGAUCGAAUUGAGCCCGCCCCCGCCAACUACUUCCAAUAUUGACCACAACUCCCCACGCAAUAUGGCCCACACGCUCCACCUUAGCCAUCUGAUCCAGUCGUAUAUCGGCUCGCCUCAGCACGCUACCAUCCCCCCGUGCUUAAUGCUGCUGCUGCCGCUCCUGGCUCAGCUGCUGAUCUCAGACGCGAUCACUUUAGAUGAUGUACCCACUCUGCCCCAGCCUGGACCCGUCCAUCGCGUGUUUGAGCCAGUGAAUCAGCUCCCAGUGAAACGCGUGUAUCACCCAAAACUAGGCGUCGUCCGCGAGCUGCCCAAGCUCCGACGAGACUUUGAAUUGGACGUCAGCGUCCCCCUGUGUAUCCUCAAAGUGAAGUUAACGGGGGUCAACUUCAAGACCGAUUUCUCCGCCAUUAAACGCCCCAUAGUGCCGGCACUGAAGUUUAUUGGCAAAGUAUAUGCGUCGAAUGGCACCACCUUGGACGUUAGUCGGAAAUACCUCGUCUUCCCAUUUUCAACUUGUCUAUUGCAAAACGCAGCCGAUCUUUGCCAUAACUGUCGCCAUCUUGCAAAUGUCAAGUUGCUCAACCAGUUGUCACAGGAAAAAUUCGAACAGUACCCUUGCCAAAGGAGUUGGACAUACGGCAUUGAUCUUGAUGGGGGCUUGCAGGACUACAUUACCAUCAAACACCCCGAGGACGUAUUGAUCCCGAUUCCAUCGGCCAUCUCUCUUCACGACGCGUGUUUCAUGUUUGAACGUUCACUUCCAUUAUACUCAGUGUUGAAGCGAGUCAAAUUCCCAUCAUCUGAGCGGGUUCUCAUGGUGCUUGGUAGCAUUGACCGCGAAAUCAAUGAUGCCUUGCUAGUACUCAACCACUUAGGUCUCGACCAACGUCAAUUCGUGUUCAUGGACCGCCACAGCAUCGACGAGUUGAAAGACGAGCAGCUCGAGCUGUAUCGCGAACGGUUCGCCCACAUGUUGGUAUUUGACAUCAGCAGUACUCUGCUUCGCUUUGCGAAUCAUGCUUUGACUCACAAAAACGAUACCAAUGUGUUCAUUUUCGAUCAGAUGACUCCAUGCAGUCGUACCAAGUAUUUCGGUGACCAUUCAAAGAACCUACACCACGUAAGGUUGGCUCAUCACCACAAAGCUGACGCCGUGGAGCUCAUGGAUAUUAUCGCGGACAUGAAUCAAGUGCCACCGGCUGAUUUUAUUUAUGACUCGGUGUCAACUUCAAAUACCAUUGCAUCGCUGUCAUCGUCGCUUCUGAGUGAUCGUAAAAAUCGGAAGGAGCCGAAGCGUCGAGCAUGGCUCAAUUACGACAUGGAUGUUGACCUAUGCCAUGAUUACCAUGAGCAUCAACCAAAUAGCCGUGGUCGUACUCACACGUCCAAUCACAUCAACUAUUAUAUCCGUCACCCAAAGUACCAUCGGCUAUGCUAUAAUCCUCGCACAUCAUCAGCAUCUUGUAAUGCUGAAAAUUCCAACGUGAUAAUCUUAUGA